UUCCCUUCUCUCAGUUUCUAGCAGCCCGAAAGGACCUUGACGCUUACGUCACGAUCACUGGUCGCUCCAAUCGCUGCACAGCCGUAGGGAGUGUGGAUCACUGUCUGUCUGUGUACAAACUUUGACGAACGGUGCUUCCCAAGAUGACGGAAUUUCGCGACACCGUUGUGUCAGUUUACGAUCGAGUUCUUCAAAAAGAGAAGUCGCGAUUUACCGUGAAUCAUCAAGCGAUAAGGAACGCGAUUCAGACGAUGAAAGACGUCUAUCUGCCGAACAGCGCCUGGGAAAGUGAUGCGACUGUUUCUGUCGCCAAUUACAACGACGCCGCCCAUCGCUGCGCGUAUUUGCAUAAAUACGCCAUGUGCUACACCGGCAUGACGCACGACCUCUUCUACCUCGCCGUAUCGAAAUCGAAUAUGAUAAAGGUAUACCUCAAUGCCAAGGAGAAGUUGCGUCUGUGCAGUCUCGGCGGCGGCCCCGGUUCUGACCUCGUCGCGAUGUUGCAAGUUUUUCACAACUGUUUUGAUUUUGCUCACUGUCACGUAACUGUCAUCGACUACCUGGCAGAGUGGAGAAAUGUGUUUGUUUCCGUGGUUCGGGAACUCCAGAGCGGACAGUACGGCGGCAUUGCGGAAAUGUUACAGCCGCAGUAUUUUAGGUAUGAGUACGUCCAGGCUAAUUUGCUGUUGCCACUCAAUGCGAAUAUACAGAAAAUUAUACAGCAGUCUGAUUUUGUAAGCAUGGUGAAGUUCAUUUCUGCAGCCGCUUGCUCGGGGACAAGACAAAUGGUUUAUGAGAUAUUCAGCUGCAUGAAACCAGGAGCUUUCCUGCUGUUCAUCGACAACGCAGCCGGUGGGUUUCUGGAAAUGGUUCAACAGGUGGCUAAGCAAUGCGGCAUGCUCAGUGUCUUCGGGCCCCUCAAGCAUUUCGAAUACGAGGAUCCAGCUUAUUCCAUGGAACGAUUUGGUUAUACGAGUCAGAGCCGAUCCAAAAUGUCUUUGCAAGUUCUGAUGAAGCCACCGUUGCUCAAGACGGAUUUGCCACGGGAACCCUCAUUGGACGCCUACAGUGACGUCGAUCCUUUGGUCAGAGAUUUUGAGAGACAGUGCAGGGUGGAUGGCACACCAGGAGUUUAUGUUCAACCGACUCGAAGUCAUUCCAAUGGACCUGGCAGAACUGGUGGCAGGACGAGACAGUUCGAUGAAGCACCAGAGGAAGAAAUUGCUUGCUGUACUAUAAUCUAAAGAGCUUAUCUCAAAUUAUCGCCGUUUAAUUUCACUGUGGCCAAAGCUUAAUUUUCAUGGGAGCUGAGCUUUUCAAUUUUAUAUAAAUUUAAACAUUUGAGACCAAAAGCAGGCUUUAUAUGCACGAAAAUAGGUUUUGAGGACUAUGGGCCUCAUGCACUUCUUUAGUUAGAAAUAAGCCCUGAACCAAAGUGUCUUUGCAAGUUCUGAUGAAGCCACCGUUGCUCAAGACGGAUUUGCCACGGGAACCCUCAUUGGACGCCUACAGUGACGUCGAUCCUUUGGUCAGAGAUUUUGAGAGACAGUGCAGGGUGGAUGGCACACCAGGAGUUUAUGUUCAACCGACUCGAAGUCAUUCCAAUGGACCUGGCAGAACUGGUGGCAGGACGAGACAGUUCGAUGAAGCACCAGAGGAAGAAAUUGCUUGCUGUACUAUAAUCUAAAGAGCUUAUCUCAAAUUAUCGCCGUUUAAUUUCACUGUGGCCAAAGCUUAAUUUUCAUGGGAGCUGAGCUUUUCAAUUUUAUAUAAAUUUAAACAUUUGAGACCAAAAGCAGGCUUUAUAUGCACGAAAAUAGGUUUUGAGGACUAUGGGCCUCAUGCACUUCUUUAGUUAGAAAUAAGCCCUGAACCAAAGUGUCUUUGCAAGUUCUGAUGAAGCCACCGUUGCUCAAGACGGAUUUGCCACGGGAACCCUCAUUGGACGCCUACAGUGACGUCGAUCCUUUGGUCAGAGAUUUUGAGAGACAGUGCAGGGUGGAUGGCACACCAGGAGUUUAUGUUCAACCGACUCGAAGUCAUUCCAAUGGACCUGGCAGAACUGGUGGCAGGACGAGACAGUUCGAUGAAGCACCAGAGGAAGAAAUUGCUUGCUGUACUAUAAUCUAAAGAGCUUAUCUCAAAUUAUCGCCGUUUAAUUUCACUGUGGCCAAAGCUUAAUUUUCAUGGGAGCUGAGCUUUUCAAUUUUAUAUAAAUUUAAACAUUUGAGACCAAAAGCAGGCUUUAUAUGCACGAAAAUAGGUUUUGAGGACUAUGGGCCUCAUGCACUUCUUUAGUUAGAAAUAAGCCCUGAACCAAAGUGUCUUUGCAAGUUCUGAUGAAGCCACCGUUGCUCAAGACGGAUUUGCCACGGGAACCCUCAUUGGACGCCUACAGUGACGUCGAUCCUUUGGUCAGAGAUUUUGAGAGACAGUGCAGGGUGGAUGGCACACCAGGAGUUUAUGUUCAACCGACUCGAAGUCAUUCCAAUGGACCUGGCAGAACUGGUGGCAGGACGAGACAGUUCGAUGAAGCACCAGAGGAAGAAAUUGCUUGCUGUACUAUAAUCUAAAGAGCUUAUCUCAAAUUAUCGCCGUUUAAUUUCACUGUGGCCAAAGCUUAAUUUUCAUGGGAGCUGAGCUUUUCAAUUUUAUAUAAAUUUAAACAUUUGAGACCAAAAGCAGGCUUUAUAUGCACGAAAAUAGGUUUUGAGGACUAUGGGCCUCAUGCACUUCUUUAGUUAGAAAUAAGCCCUGAACCAAAGUGUCUUUGCAAGUUCUGAUGAAGCCACCGUUGCUCAAGACGGAUUUGCCACGGGAACCCUCAUUGGACGCCUACAGUGACGUCGAUCCUUUGGUCAGAGAUUUUGAGAGACAGUGCAGGGUGGAUGGCACACCAGGAGUUUAUGUUCAACCGACUCGAAGUCAGUCCAAUAGACCUGGCAGAACUGGUGGCAGGACGAGACAGUUCGAUGAAGCACCAGAGGAAGAAAUUGCUUGCUGUACUAUAAUCUAAAUAGCUUAUCUCAAAUUAUCGCCGUUUAAUUUUACUGUGGCCAAAGCUUAAUUUGCGUGGGAGCUGACGACCAAACGGCACAAACUUGAAGGUCACGGAUUUGGACGAAAUUCUAGAUGUAAGUCCCAUCCCACUAGAUAUGAGUUCAGGUAAAGCGGUUUGACUGCAUAGGUCCUAGUUUGGCCGCAACGAGGUUCCAAAGUUGCUAGUUUGACCCCCGAAAUGCAAUGGCAUUUCCAUUGGAAUUUCAGACUUGGGCACAAUUUUCGCUCUCCCAACAUAUUUGGCCUCCAUUGUUAGUACAAAGUGUGGAAGGGAAACCACCUUUUCAUUAAUGGGCACUGUUUAAGUUACUUAAAAAGUCAAAACAAUCUUAUAUUUGUGCUUUUUUAUGUGCAUGUGCAGCAAAUCAGAACUUUUUUUUCUUCUCCCAUUUUUUGCUUCUUAUUGUAGAAUAUCUUUGCUAGCAGAUGAUAAAUAUACAGUUAAAGUAAACGUUUUCUAUUGACAAACGAUAAAUACUUUUUACUAGCAAACGAUUAAUAUAAAACGAAAAUAAU